AUGUUGGGCAGCUCCGCGCCCGGGCCUGCGGCCCGCGAGGCAGGCUCGGCGCUGUUAACAUUGCAGCAGACGGCGCUCCAGGAGGACCAGGAGAACAUCAACCCCGAGAAGGCGGCGCCCACCCAGCAGUCCCGGACCCGCGCUGGGCUGGCGGUACUGAAGGCCGGGAACUCGCGGGGACCAGCGCCGCAGCAGAGGCCUAAGACGCGACGGGUUGCACCUCUUAAGGAUCUUCCUAUAAAUGAUGAGCAUGUCACCGUUCCUACCUGGAAAGCAAACAGUCAACAGCCUGCAUUUACCAUUCAUGUGGAUGAAGCAGAAGAAGAGACUCAAAAGAGGCCAGCUGAAUCUAAAAAACCAGAAAGUGAAGAUGUUUUGGCUUUUAAUUCAGCUGUUACUUUACCAGGACCGAGAAAACCACUGGCACCUCUUGAUUACCCAAUGGAUGGUAGUUUUGAGUCACCACAUACUAUGGAUAUGUCAAUUGUACUGGAAGAUGAAAAGCCAGUGAGUGUUAAUGAAGUACCAGACUACCAUGAGGACAUUCACACAUACCUUAGGGAAAUGGAGGUUAAAUGUAAGCCUAAAGUGGGUUACAUGAAGAAACAGCCAGACAUUACUAACAGUAUGAGGGCUAUCCUCGUGGACUGGUUAGUUGAAGUAGGAGAAGAAUAUAAACUACAGAAUGAGACCCUGCAUUUGGCUGUGAACUACAUUGAUAGGUUUCUUUCAUCGAUGUCUGUGUUGAGAGGAAAACUUCAGCUUGUGGGCACUGCUGCUAUGCUGUUAGCCUCAAAGUUUGAAGAAAUAUACCCCCCAGAAGUAGCAGAGUUUGUAUACAUUACAGAUGACACUUAUACCAAGAAACAAGUUCUGAGAAUGGAGCACCUAGUUUUGAAAGUCCUUGCUUUUGACUUAGCUGCACCAACAAUAAAUCAGUUUCUUACCCAGUACUUUCUGCACCAGCAGUCUGCAAACUGCAAAGUUGAAAGUUUAGCAAUGUUUUUGGGAGAAUUAAGUUUGAUAGAUGCUGACCCAUAUCUAAAGUAUUUGCCAUCAGUUACCGCCGCAGCAGCCUUUCAUUUAGCACUCUACACUGUCACGGGACAAAGCUGGCCUGAAUCAUUAGUACAAAAGACUGGAUAUACGCUGGAAACUCUAAAGCCUUGUCUCAUGGACCUUCACCAGACCUACCUCAGAGCUCCGCGGCAUGCACAACAGUCAAUAAGAGAAAAGUACAAAAACUCAAAGUAUCAUGGUGUUUCUCUCCUCAACCCACCCGAGACACUAAAUGUGUAACGGUGAAAGACUGCCUUUGUUUUCUAGGAUGUAAAUCACUCAAAGUAUAUGGUGUACAGAUUUUAUCUUAGGUUUUAAUUUUACAAUCAUUUCUGAAUACGGAAGUUAUGGUCAAGUACAAAUUAUGGUAUCUAUUACUUUUUAAAGGUUUUAAUUUGUAUAUCUUUUGUACAUGUAACUAUCUUAGAUAUUUGGCUAAUUUUAAGUGGUUUUUGUUAAAGUAUUAAUGAUGCCAGCUGUCAGGAUAAUAAGAAAUAAAUUGAUUUGGAAAA